AUUUUUUUAUCGUUUUAAGCAAGGUCCCGUAAACCUCUCAUGCGAUAACAAUCACGGUGAUUGUACACGUAGCAGAAUCGGUCUAAUAUUACGAACUUACUGAGGUAACCGUUGAAGCUUUAUUGACAAAUGACAAAUGACAAAAUUAAACAAAAUAAGUUAAAUAAGGGAUAUUGAUAUAAUAUACAAUUCUGAUACUGAUUUCGUUCACGAUGAGUUUGGGAGAAAUGUAUCAUUAUUUAUUCGUAGAACUAUCGGUCGAACAAACUCGCGAAUGGCCAUUUGUAUCUUCGCUACUUCCACUGAUGCUAAUUACUUUUGGAUAUAUGUAUUUUAUUCUUUAUGCUGGUCCUCGUUUCAUGAAAGAUCGACCGCCAUAUGAGUUGAGAACCUUUAUAUUAAUUUAUGACGUGAUUCAAAUUCUGGUAAACUUAUGGUUCGUCAAAAAGCAUCUAUCUUAUGGCUGGUUUUCAGAAUUCUCUGUAAUAUAUGCGCCGUCUAAUCCAAACUCUCCUAAUGCGAUUAAACUAUUUGAUUUGGCAUGGUGGUUAAUUUUUCUGAAACUUUUCGAUUACGUCGAAACCUGUGUAUUUGUAUUACGAAAGAAACAAAAUCAAGUUUCUGGUUUACAUGUGUAUCAUCAUGUAUGUAACGUAGUAUUUCUUUGGUAUUAUUUGAAAUACAUUUUGGAUGAAAGGGGGACAUUUAUUUUCCUGUUAAAUUGUGCCGUGCAUGUAAUUAUGUACACAUACUAUUUCAUCGCUGCAUGGAGUUCGGAAUUCCAACAGACAAUAUCUCCUAUUAAACCACUUAUAACUAAACUGCAGAUUGUUCAAUUUAUCGUGAUAAUAAUGGUUCUACUGCAAAUUUUAAAUCCCAAUUGCGAAUCGCCAAAAGGAAUAACAUCUAUUUUUAUUGGAAAUUUAUUCAUAUUUCUAUACUUAUUUUAUGAUUUUCAUAAGAAAAGCUACACUAAGUUACCUAAACAAAAAGAUAAUUAA